GCUCCCUUCCUUCCUUCCUUCCUUCCUUGGCGGGGGAUGCUGUCCCGGAAGAAGGCCCGGGGGGAGCUCUCGAAGCCCGGGGAGGUGCAGGGCAAGUACGUCAUCAAGGAGACCAGCCCCCUCCUCCGCAAUCUGAUGCCUUCCUUCAUCCGCCAUGGACCAACCAUCCCGAGACGGACAGACCUCUGCCUUCAGGACCCUGCUCCGGCUGCCUUCUCUGCGGUUGGGGACGGGGCCGUGUCCCGGAACCAGAGCUUCCUCCGGACCCCCGUCCAGAGGCCUCCACACGAGGUCCUCCGUAGGGAAAGCCACCGGCUCUCGGCCCCUUCCUACCUGGCCCGGGGUUUGGCCGACGUGCCCCGGGAGUAUGGUGCCUCUUCACAGUCCUUCCUGACCGAGGCCAACCCUGGAACUGAGAACGGCGAGGCGGGCCCCCGUUACUAUUACGACCACUUCUACAAUGGCCAGAGGCGGCACCCGCUGGGGGAGCACCUGCAGGAGGAGUACCGAUACUAUGAACACAACAACGACCUCGUCCAGAGGAUGCCGCACAAUCAGGGAAGGCACAAUUCAGGCCUUGGGAGGGUGGCUGCUACUUCGUUAGGAAACUUAACGAACCACAGUUCGGAAGACUUGCCUCUCCCUCCCGGCUGGACGGUGGACUGGACUCUUAGGGGGAGGAAGUACUACAUUGACCACAACACCAACACCACGCACUGGAGCCAUCCUCUGGAGAGGGAGGGUCUGCCUCCAGGGUGGGAACGGGUCGAAUCGGCCGAGUUUGGCGUGUAUUACGUCGACCACAUCAACAAAAGAGCGCAAUACAAGCACCCCUGUGCCCCCAGCGUUCCCCGCUACGACCAGCCGCCUCCGGUGACCUAUCAGCCGCAGCAGCAAGUGGAGCGGAGCCAGCCCAUCCUGGUGCCGGCCAAUCCCUACCACACGGCAGAGAUCCCGGACUGGCUGCAGGUCUACGCCAGGGCACCGGUCAAGUACGACCACAUCCUGAAGUGGGAGCUCUUCCAGCUGGCCGACCUGGACACCUACCAGGGGAUGCUGAAGCUCCUCUUCAUGAAGGAGCUGGAGCGGAUCGUCAAGACGUACGAAGCCUACCGGCAGGCGCUGCUCUCGGAGCUGGAGAGCCGCAAGCAGCGGCAGCAGUGGUACGCCCAGCAGCACAGCAAGAACUUCUAGCCCGGAUGUGCCUUGGAUGGACUGGGAAGGGGCCUUCUCACUCUCUUGGCGGUAAAUAACCACCAAACAAGGGCUUUGGUUGCAAGAGGCAACGCCUCUGCCUUGAUGUCGCACCUUUUUGUAAGUAUCCUCUUUGUAUCUCUUGUGUACAGAAGACUUUUUGUUAGGACUGGUUUGGAGGAAAAAGACUGGAACUCCGACAUCUUUGGGGUUUUUUGCUGGAGUCUCUUUUUUUAACUUGUUGGACAAGCAAAGCUUUAUUUUUGAAGUCCUUUGUAAGAAUUUCCACUCUGAAUUUCCACUAUGCAGCUGCUGGUUAGUUCAGGGCCCCUUCCUGGCUCAGUGCAACAUGGAUAGAUCCAUGUUCGCGGCAAUAUAUAAAUAAGAGCCCGGUGGACCCAACAAGAUUGUUGUCGCUUAGACUCCAGCACUUAAUAAACACCUGCCUUAUUUUGACGGUUGAUCAGAUCAGUUUGGCCCAAUGUUGGGAUUCUUCCCAGGCUCCUCUCACGGUGGAAGGCGGCCACACGUAACCAUUGGGAACACAGUCCCCGUCAUAAGUAGCAGUGGACUCUUUUUUUUUAAAUCUCAAGCCAAACUUGCCUCUAAAUCCAUGACUUUGGGGCGCCUCCACCGCAGCCUCAAUGUGGUGUCUAUGGGUACUCCUUCGGAGACGUGGAUCGUAACCAUUGUGUCCUUUAAAUCUCAAAUAAACUUUCUUUUUACACUUUUUGAGUGAAAA